AUGACCCCCGACGUUCGUCGUUGCCAACAAAUUGGUAACCACCGACGUUUGUACCAACAAAAUUGCUAUCUCCGACUUCUGAAUAAGGCUACAACCAUAACUGAUAACCUCAGUCGACAUGGCAGAUCCUAUACAGCCAACCGAAGCUACACUCAGGAUGGAACUCCCUACCUACAACAUGAAUGCACAAACAUGGUUCAUACAACACGAUGCGAUUUUCCAAGCCAAGUGACGUCCCAGCAGUCGAAAUUCGCAUUUGUGGUGGAGAAGCUUCCCGCUGAAAUUGCUGCGGAGGUAGCGGAUGUCCUUAUUAAUCUCCCGCCCGAAAAGCCGUAUGAGGUGCUUCGGCAGGCAAUCUUACAACGAACAGGCUGCUCCGAGGAGCGAAAGAUUAAGGAUCUUCUGACGAAUGUCACACUCGGGAACAGCAAACCCUCCCAACUUCUUCGGAGAAUGAUAACGCUACUCGGUAACAACACUAUAUCCGAAACAGUAUUGAAGCAAAUGUGGCUGGAGAAAUUGCAGCCUGAUAUCGUACAAAUAUUAGCAGUCCUAACUGAGGUCGAUGUUCACAAAUUAGCAUCGAUCGCUGAUAAAAUAGUAGACACGAGACCAAUUCGCCAAAUUUCCUCUGUCGCGCCAUCAGAUGACCCGACCCCGGAUGUUAACCAGCAACUUCAUGUUUUGACGGCCGAGCUAAAGAAGCUAUCAUUACGCCUCGACAGUAUUCAAAGUAUUCCUGGACGAAGUCGCAGUUAUUCAACUAACAGACACAAUACCAGUAGGCGGCGAUCAACGUCGAGACAAACUCGUCACCAUGAGAGGCUAUUGCUGGUACCAUGA